AUGCAAGGACACAGAAACAAAGGGAAGAGAGCCAACUCUGAUUUCCAGCCUUGCUCUUCCAUCUGGGACAUCUAAUGCUGUCCCCUCUGGGGCGUCUGUUUUUCUUAUCUUACAAACAAAUGCGACCGGUUGUUAGGAGACCAGCCUUUCACGGAGCAGUUCCAUCAACAGGUGCACCGUGAGUCCCCGGGUCUGCGGAGAGAGCUAUACCUGCGGUGUGAGGCUGUGCAGGAGGUACCUCCAGGUACACAUUGUACCUGAGACUAUGUAUUAUUUAUUGAAACUGAGCUCCGCAUUCUCUUUAUCCUCUGGGCAGCCUUGGAGUCGGGCGCCUCCUAAAAUGGAUGCCAGCAGCAGCUAACCUACAAGGCUCCUAAAUGCCACUUGCUUUCACUUUUUUUUUCUUACUAAGUAAUUGUAAGCUAUCGCUACCCAGCUUUUUAUUAAAGCUUGGGGAGUAAUUGGGAAUGGCAGUGUAGCAACGGAGAGAGGAAUCCCUCUGCGCGUUUGGAUGUCUCCACAUGGAUUCAAGUUGUGUUUUGUAAAGAACUACUCCACUUUGGAUUUUAUGGACUUAGAAAAGAUACACAUGCUGAAGCUUCUGCCUCCACAUACUGAGUGAUCAUGCGUGUGUUUACAGGCUUAGUACUGAGAAGAAAACUGGGUUACCUGAAGGUUAUCUUCAUUGUCACUUAUGAUGUCUGUGCCUGGCAAACCAGGGAACUUUUUGCGUUUGGGUAACAAGGACAUUUGGAAUCUAUUCCACUGGACUUUCCAUGUUGGUGCAACUGUUGUUGGCCACCUCGGUGCUGCAUGUUGCCAUGCAAAAAACACCUAAGGGGAAAAAUGUCUCCUGGGGUUCGGCAGACUCCUACACCAGCCGUCCGUCCGAUUCAGAUGUGUCUUUGGAGGAGGACCGGGAGGCGGUGCGCAGAGAGGCAGAGCGACAGGCCCAGGCCCAGCUGGAAAAGGCAAAGACAAAGCCUGUUGCGUUUGCAGUGCGGACAAAUGUCAGCUACAGUGCAGCCCAUGAAGAUGAUGUUCCGGUGCCCGGCAUGGCCAUCUCCUUCGAAGCAAAAGAUUUUCUGCAUGUUAAGGAAAAAUUUAACAAUGACUGGUGGAUAGGGCGACUGGUUAAAGAAGGCUGUGAAAUCGGAUUCAUUCCAAGCCCAGUGAAACUAGAGAACAUGAGGCUGCAGCAUGAACAGAGAGCCAAGCAAGGGAAAUUCUACUCCAGUAAAUCAGGAGGAAAUUCAUCAUCCAGUUUGGGUGACAUAGUACCUAGUUCCAGAAAAUCUACACCUCCAUCGUCUGCUAUAGACAUAGAUGCUACUGGCUUAGAUGCAGAAGAAAAUGAUAUUCCAGCAAACCACCGCUCCCCUAAACCCAGUGCAAACAGUGUAACGUCACCCCACUCCAAAGAGAAAAGAAUGCCCUUCUUUAAGAAGACAGAGCACACGCCUCCCUACGAUGUGGUACCGUCCAUGCGGCCCGUGGUCUUGGUGGGCCCUUCCCUCAAGGGCUACGAGGUCACAGAUAUGAUGCAAAAGGCAUUGUUUGAUUUUUUAAAACACAGAUUUGAAGGGCGGAUAUCCAUCACAAGAGUCACCGCUGACAUCUCGCUGGCCAAACGCUCAGUGUUAAAUAACCCCAGCAAGCACGCAAUAAUAGAAAGAUCCAACACAAGGUCAAGCUUAGCGGAAGUUCAGAGUGAAAUAGAAAGGAUUUUUGAACUUGCAAGAACACUGCAACUGGUAGUCCUUGAUGCGGACACUAUUAAUCAUCCAGCUCAACUCAGUAAAACCUCUUUGGCCCCUAUUAUAGUAUAUGUAAAGAUUUCUUCUCCUAAGGUUUUACAAAGAUUAAUAAAAUCUCGAGGGAAAUCUCAAGCCAAACACCUCAAUGUCCAGAUGGUAGCCGCUGAUAAACUGUCUCAGUGUCCUCCAGAGUUGUUUGAUGUGAUCUUGGACGAGAACCAGCUCGAGGAUGCUUGUGAGCACCUCGCCGACUACCUGGAGGCCUACUGGAAGGCUACCCACCCUCCCAGCAGCAGUCUCCCCAACCCUCUCCUCAGCCGUACUUUAGCCACUUCAGCGCUGCCUGUUAGCCCCACUCCAGCCUCUAAUUCACAGGGUUCUCAAGGUGAUCGCUCUGCUCUUGCCCGUUCUGCCUCCCAAGCUGAGGAAGAACCCUGCCUGGAACCAGUGAAGAAAUCCCAGCACCGGUCUUCCUCCUCAGCCCAGCAUCACAAUCAUCGCAGUGGUCCCCAUCGAGGCCUCUCCAGGCAAGAGACAUUCGACUCAGAAACCCAAGAGAGUCGAGACUCUGCCUACGUGGAGCCGAAGGAAGAUUACUCCCACGAACAUGUGGACCACUAUGCUCCACACCGUGACCACAACCACAGGGAUGAGCCCCACGGCAGCGAGCACAGGCACAGGGAGCCUCGGCACCGCUCCAGGGACCUGGACCGAGAGCAGGACCACAAUGAAUGCAACAAACAACGAAGCCGUCAUAAAUCUAAGGAUCGCUACUGUGACAAGGACGGAGAAGGAAUAUCCAAAAAAAGGAAUGAGGCUGGGGAGUGGAACAGGGAUGUUUACAUCCGCCAAUAACUUUGGUCCUUUUGUGUUUUUGGAUUUUUUAAGUCUUGUAUUACAGCACCCUCCUCAAUCUAAAUCUUUGGGGUCAACAUUGCAUUCAUAUGUGAUCUGUCUUGUAUAUUUUGUAUUGCUGUUGCUUACAUAGCAAUAGCAUGACAGAGUGUUAAUAUACAUUUAUUUUUCUUUUAUAAGUGCUACAUAAAUUUGCCUAGUACGGCUGCAGUCUUCUGGUUGUGUACUGGACUUUGCAAAAACUGUUUGGGGUAGCUGCCACUUGAACAAAUUCUGUUGCCAUCCAGGUGGCAUUAGUAUUUUAAGAAAUAUAGCUGAUAUUUUAAAAAAUGUAAUUGAUAUAUCCAGCAAGCCAGAAUCAGCCCAGAUAAAAAGGCGAGUUUCUUGAGUCUCCAGAUUUUUAAUAUGUAGGCACCUGAUUUGCAUAUACAUUCAUCCAUGGACCACUGUUUCUUGCUAGUACCUCUGGCUGACUAAAUUUGGGGACAGAUUCAGUCUUGCCUUAUACAAAGGGGAUCAUAAAGUUAGAAUCUAUUUUCUAUGUACUAGUACUGUGUACUGUAUAGACAGUUUGUAAAUGUUAUUUCUGCAAACACCUUCUUAUGAUAAUUAUAUAUAAUAUAUGUAUCUAUAUAUAUAUAUCAGUUUGAUCACGUAUUUUAGAGUCUUAAUGCCAAGUCAGCAGAUUUGCUUUAUGAAUUAAAGGGACUAGAAAUGCCCAUAUUCAGGAAAUUUGUAAUAACAUCGUCUAGGCAUCUGUCCCCAUUCUAGUAGAAAGUCUGUACAUACUGUAAAUACGUGUGAUUGCUUGACUUGAAAAGGUUUAAUUUCUGAAUGUUUUACCAUCCUUGUAAGUUUAUAAUUUUGACCAUAAAUUAUGGUAAAUAUAACCAAACUCCAAAGGUUGUUCUAAUCCAUGCAGCUCACACUGAUUGUGACAAACACAUUAGUAGCUAGUGUCUCAUGUCACUGCACUGGAGUCUACAGGCCGGUACUCUGUGUGCACGUGUGUGUGUAUGUGUGUGUGCAAGUGGUUGGCGGAGAUGAAUCUGAAUGCUGAAGACUGACUAGAAUUCUACCCACCUGGCUUCAGACUGAACUGUGCUGCCUCAGUGACGCGCUGAGCAGCCGCGGCGUGCUGCCAGAGGUGCCUGGGAAAGCGUUCGGCUGUUGGCUCGUUUUAGCUCCUAGAGGGCAAAAAAUACAGGCAACUUUUAACUGUGAGUGUUUCACUGGAAAUGUACAAUCUGUGUGUGUUCGAGUAUCUGUUAUAGUAAGAAACGUUUACACAGCUUGUAGAAUUAUUUCGUGGGAAAAUAAAUUUUUCUACCUUCUCCCA